AUGUCUUCUUCAUCUUCCUCUUGGAGUUGCUUUGGGGAUUCUCUAUCCAAUCUGCAACGCUUUCUUCAAUGUGUUACCCCUGUUGUUCCUUCACAAACUCUACCACAGAGUUGCUCUAAUGAUCUAAGCCUUCAAUGGAAACCUCUUGGUAAGGACACGAUUGAAUGCUUUACUUUGAAAGAUCUUUGGAAUCGUUUUUAUGAAUGGAGUGCGUAUGGUGCUGGUACAUCUAUGAUAUUAGAGGAUGGCGAAGCUGUGGUUCACUACUAUGUUCCAUAUCUAUCUGCUAUCCAAAUUUACACCAACAAAUCUGUUGCAGCUUCUCGGAACCGAAGAGAGGAUAGUGAUGGAGUUGAAUUCGAAAGUGACUCGUGGAGCGAUGAUAGUGGAAGUGAUAAGUUGUCUAGAUCAUUAAGUAAUGAUUCAAGCAAAUCUUGGGAUGCUAUUUCUGAAGAAUCAAGCUCUGACCAAGAAGGUUCAUGUCAAACAAAGGAUAAGCUUGGCAACCUAUAUUUAAGCUAUAUUGAGAUGUCUUCGCCUUAUCAUAGAGUUCCGCUUGCUUUGAAGAUACCUGAGUUAGCGAAAACCUAUCCAGAGCUCAUGACUUUGAAGAGUGUUGAUCUUUCUCCUGCAAGUUGGAUGGCUGUUUCAUGGUACCCGAUCUAUACCAUCCCUAGUCGGAAAAACGACAAGGACAUGGAAGCAUGCUUCCUCACUUACCAUACAUUGUCAUCAUCUUUUCAAGAUUUUGAAUUGGAGAAUCAUGGUAUGGACAUAGACAAAGACAAAGAUCUAUGUUGUUUAAUAAGUGGCUGGGAAAAUAUUGUAGGACAUCAUGAUUCCAAGAAAAAGAGCAAAAGCUCAAUUUCUCUACCUCCAUUUGGGUUAGCCACUUACAAAAUGCAGAGUGAUCUUUGGCUAAACUCUGAUCCAUAUGAUUAUGAAAGUAUAUCAUAUCUUUAUAGCGCCGCAGAAUCAUGGUUGAAACAACUCAACAUUGAUCACCAUGACUUUAACUUCUUCGGAUCAAACUCUAUCUUAUAA